GAACGAGAUUGUUGUACAUUGUCCAACAAGUUAUACACUGUGAGAACAAUCAUUAAAAAUGACUGAAAUAAAACACAAGGAAAUAAAGAUCACCGUGCCUUGGGGUCAUGUUGCUGCCAAAACAUAUGGCCCAUCUAAUGGAGAACCUGUCUUACUGGUGCAUGGUGUUCAAGAUAAUGCAGGAACUUUUAAUAAAUUAAUUAACUAUUUACCGAAAAAUUUUUUUUAUUAUGUAUGCAUAGAUUUACCCGGCCAUGGAUGGUCGUCAAGUUUUCCAUCUUGGCUACUAAUAGACAGUAUAGAUUAUGCACAUAUAAUACAUUACAUUUUAGAAGCGUUACAAUGGAAAACUUGUAUUUACAUAGGGCAUAGUUUGGGUGUACAAAUUGGUUUAAUAUUUAGUAUCUUUCAGCCUCAUAAUCAAAAAUUAAUUGCUAUAGACGGAUUUAUUAUAGAUUAUGAUGGAUUUGACAGUGUAACAUAUUUUAAGACUGCAUCAGCACUUUCAAUAAAAAUGGGUAAAAAUAUAGAACCAACAUCUUAUACUAAAGAAGAAAUUUUAUAUGCUUUUAAAAAUUUGAGAUUUGCUUCUUUAACUUCAGAAGCUGCUGAUGAAUUAUUUGAGCGUGCAGUUACAAAAGUAAAUGAAAAGUAUAUAUAUAAUAGAGAUAUAAGAUUAAAAAAUCAACCUUUUAUGUUUUUAUCUGCACACAUGGCAAUUGAAUUAAAUAAUAGACUUUCAGUUCCAAUAUACGUCCUUCGUCCAUCAAGUGGUGUUUUAAGUCGAUAUAAAGAUCUGUUUGAAAUAGCAAUGAACUCAAUCAAUCCUAAAACCAAAGUUGAAAUAAUUAACAUAGAUGGAAAUCAUGAUGUUCACAAUAAUUAUCCUGAAAAAGUUGCACCAUUUGUAUGUAAAAUAUUGACUAGUAGCAAUUCUAGUAAAUUAUAGAUAUAUCAUCAAUGAAUUGCUCGUCUACAAAUUUUUAAUAGGCUGAAACACGAAAAGACAAUCGAUGUUUUCUAAAAGUUAUAGUUUAAAAAAUUAUAAAAAAUUCAAACAUGAAAAAAUACCCUAAAGUUGAUCAAUAUAUAAUCUAAUAUAUAAUAUAUAUCUUAAUGUGUAA